AAACGAAAGAAAAAUCGGAAGAAAAAACCAGGUGGUGGUGACUUUGUUUAAAAAAAAAAAAGCGUAAUUAAAUUUCAAUAUAAAGCAAGCAUUCUCUAAGUUUCUUCUAUAAGAAAAAGAAAGAAAGAACAAUAACAAUAAUACCAACUACCACAAUUACGACAAAUGCCACCAACCGAUAAUAAUAAUAAUAAUAAUAAUAAUAACAACAACAACAACGGCAAAAACAGUAGUAGCAACCAAUACUACUAUUAAAAAAAACAAAGAGAUGUGUUAAAUGGAAAAGAAAAACAACAAAAAUGGAACUAAGUAAAACUAUUUUUACACUCCACCAUACCAUUGUUUAAACAAAGAAAGUAUAUUCAGUUUUUUCGAAUGUAUGCGACAUUCAGGAAUGAUUCAAGAAUGUCGCCAGACAAUCCUACACAAUUAUUAAGGACUCAUGAUUUGAGGCAAUUGCGUACCUUACCAAGUGUGACAACCGCCACUGUGGUGGCAACAGCCACCGCCGCCGCCGCCGCUGCUGCUGCUUCUAUUGCAUCUAAUACUACUGCAAAUGGUAUAAGAGGUGUACCGCCAUCGCUCUCGAGUAAUGCAACUAUAUUUUCUACGUCGAACAAUGUAACGAAUAACGGUAGUCAUAGCAAUAAUAACAACAAUAGUAAUUCGUCUUCAAUAAAUAAUAAUAAUAAUAAUAAUAAUAAUAAUAAUAAUACUGCAACAGCAAGCCAGCAUCAUUUAAGUAAUCUAUUGGCGGCAGCCAAUAACAAGGUUAACAACGCAAAUCAGAACUUGAAUCAUAAUUCAACGACGAAUAAUAAUAAUAAUUUCAACGGUUCAGUUGCGUUUGCCAGCGCCAAUACCAAUACCGUAACUAGCGCAAUGCCGUCCACUUCCAAGUACGUGUUGCUACAACAAAAUCGAAAUGGUUUAUUUACACCAUAUGAGGGCACAGCCAGUACGGGCUUUCCUCACAGUGCAGCAAGUACGAAUGGUUUGUUAAACGCUGUAAAUGCAUCGCCGGCUGGCAGUAUAGUAGUCUUGGCUACUGAACCAGUGGAUAUACAUCAUAAUAGUGGCAAUAAUGAAUCGCAAAUGAAUACUGGCACUACUUCGGCAACAAUUGCGGACAAUGAUGAAGAAUUGAGAUCAUUGGCUUGGUUAAAUAAUUCAAAUUUAAUUAAGGAAAUUGUUACCACUACUACUACAGCAAAUAAUGUGGCCGGUUUAGUUAAUAAACGCGCAAUAAUUAAUAAUAAUAGCAAUAGCCAAAAUAAUAUUUGUAUCGUAAGUGCCUCCAAUGCCGCUAAUAAUGCGAAAGCUCACGAUUUGAUAGAAGAACUGCCGCAUCAAGUUGUUAAUGAGGAGCAAGUUAUAGCAACCACUUCAGUUAUCCCUAGCGAAUUACCCAACGAUACCCAAAUCACUACAUUAAGUGUUAGUGAUUUUCAGCAGCAAUUUAAACGUUUCAGUGCUUCAGACCUAAAAGAUCAGUCCAUCUCUCAUGUUUACGGUAAUUUGGCUGCAUUAGGGGCCGCCACUAUGUACGUCGGUCCUAGCGGUACAACCACGGUGGUCGAGUAUAAGGCUGGCACAACAUUUUUACCCGCACGGCAACUUUUAAAUGGUGCUGCAACCAAUAGCAACGCUUCGAUGAACUCUACCUCCAUUGUAAAUGCCAACGGUAGUAAUAACAAUACAAACUCUUCCUUUGUGCCUUCUUCGUCUACUACAAACCAUAACAAUACGGUACUAGUAACAACCAAUACUACUAAUACGGGGUCCAAACAACUGACGCUAACUAAUAAUACUUCAAUAGUUGCCAAUGGCAAUUUGGGCCGCAACAGCAACAGUAGCAGCAGCAGCAAUAAUAACAACAAUACUAAUAACACAAUUUAUCAAGGCCACAGCAAUAACAAUAACAAUAAUAAUAAUAACAACAACAAUAAUAAUAAUAAUAAUAAUAAUAAUAAUAACAAUAAACAGUUACAAAAUGGAGCAAACAAUGCAACUAACAAUAGUCACAAUGGUAAUAAUAACACCAAUACCACGACCAGUUCCAUAAAUAAUGGCAGCAGUAGCGCCAGCAGCACGACUCAUCAUCCUCACAAAAAGUAUUUACGUGAGAAAAUGAAUGUGUUAGAUCAGGGUGGUGGCGGAAAUGCUUCUUCUUUAUCCUCUUCUUCUAAUUUACAAGUAACCACCAACCCUUCAAUGCCUACUCAAACUCUUUCGGUAACAUCUUGUACAACGUCUUUGGUAUCAGUAGGUUCCACCAUUACUGUGGUAUCGUCGCCCGCCUCUUCAAAUUCAUCGUUAUCUACAGCGGCAGUAAAUGGUGGCAAUAGUCCCCCCUUAAGUAAAGUCGGCAGUAAUGCAGCCACUUCAUUUUUUGCUUUGAGUGGCAAUCAAGCACCGAUAGCCUUAAACUAUACCAAUACGGGACAGGUGACGGCGGCUUCUUUCUUGGCUGUGUCUUCAGCGAACAACUCUUCCCCCCUCUCUUUAACGGCCGAUGGUCAUUCGAAUUCAAUAACAAGCAAUCAAAUACCAGCCGGCUACACAUUAGUUAAUCAUCCCGUGGCCGCACAACAUGUAUCAUCAUCAGCAGUCACUACCGCCACAACAGCAACAACAACGGUUUCAAUGCCUUUACAACAAGUGUUGGUAACUGCUACCUCUUUAAUGGCUUCGCAGGAGAUACAACAAACACCUUCUAUUCAGCAUACUACCAAAGAAUAUUAUACGCUCAGUACCCCACAACAACAACAACAACAACAACAGCAGCAGCAGCAGCAGCAACAACAGCAGCAGCAGCAACAUCAUCAUCAUCAUCAACAACAGCAACAGCAACAGCAACAACAGCAUCACCAACAGCAACAAUUACAGCAACAUCAAAUAAUGCGCAGUCCUACCUCUUACUCCAGUUAUGAUAAUGAUUCCUUAAAAGAUUUUGAAUUGUCACAAAGCAGAGUCAGCAAUUCAACGCCGCAUCAACAGCCAAGUCCACUAACACCUAGCAAACAUAAUCACAAUAGCCAACAGUCACAGAUGGCCAAUACAUCACAGAAACAAAAACAUCCCAAUAAUGUGCCAUAUGAUCCGUUGCUGCAUACCCAUAGCAAACCUCCAUAUAGUUUCAGUUCCUUGAUAUUUAUGGCCAUAGAAGGUUCUCAGGAAAAGGCAUUGCCUGUGAAGGAAAUCUACGCCUGGAUAGUACAGCAUUUCCCUUAUUUUAAAACUGCUCCUACUGGUUGGAAGAAUAGUGUACGCCAUAAUUUAUCAUUAAAUAAAAGUUUUGUUAAAGUAGAAAAAGCUCCGAAUAUGGGCAAAGGUUCUCUAUGGCGUGUUGAGCAGCAGCAACGGCAGAAUCUUAUACAAGCUUUAAAUCGUUCGCCAUUCUUCCAAAAUUCAGCGACUGUUGAUAAAGUUAGCGUUAAGAGUCCUGGUAACACUUCAAUACCGACAGUGGACUCUUACGAUGUCAUUGAUGGCGGUUGUAAAUCCUUAAAUACAUCCAACGCAUCCUCAUCUCAUAUCAAUUCGCGCUUUGAUCCGAAUCUAUUUCCAAAUCUUUCAAAAGCUUUUAAAGAUAUUAGCGAUGUAGUACCCGAUGUACCCGAUGAUGAAUAUCCGUCCGAUUAUAGUACAACAAUUAAAUCACAAAAUCAAAACAAUACAACAACUAAAUAUAGCUACAGUUCUAACAAUCAUCCCCAACAGAAUGGUAAUGUCAUUAAUGCCGGUCAAGUGUCGUCAACUAUCGCACCCGGCUCCGUAAUGGCCACAUUUAGCAAUUACGAGAGUAUGGAACGCUUGGCUAGAGACUGCGGUGCGGAGAGUAUAGAUGACGUUAAUGCUGCUACUGCUAUGUUAGCACUUAAACAUGGACCAAAAGUUUUCUCCGGAACCUUUCAAAAUGGUGCUCCAGUUAUUACUUCUUCCCCUAGCGAGGAUCAUACUUAUUCUGCUGGUGGCGGUGGAGUUGGCGGUGGAAGUAGUAGUGGUCCUGGCAGUGGUACCUCCACACCUCUUAUUAAUGGUUCUAGUUCACUAAUUGUAAAUGGGAGCGUGCACGCUCUAGGCUCAGGCUGUGUAGAUAAUCAAAGUAACUGUGCCUCUUCAGAUGCUGCCUACGAAAGUAGUGAAGAGUGUCAUAAUAUAACGCCCGAAGAACUUGAGGAUCAGCAACGCCAUCGUGACGGUGUGGAUGCUUUACUUUCACUAUCACUUUCGUCGGGCAUCGACACCGGUUCGAAUACAACCCAAAGCAGUCAAAAUUCUAGCCUUAACUCUAACUCACCGAGUAAAAGACCACCUUCCACCAGUGUUGAAGAAGAACACAUAUCCACAAUGGACAACAAUAGUAACUAUCACCUCAUACAACCGCAUAAUAUAAGUAAAAUGGCAUUGCUAAGUACAGCAGCCAAUGUCGCCUUUGCUGCAGUUAAUGGCAACAACGGUUCAGGACGAAACGCGAACCCGACACAUAGUACAAUGCUUGAUGAAGGCUUUAAUGCUCAAGGUUAUUAUAGCAAUCAAAAUAAUAACAAUACCGGUAAUGGUAUUGUAACUAAUGGUAAUUAUCAUCACGGUGUGGGUAAUGGAAAUAUGAGCGGCAGCUUACAUCAUCAUUAUCAAAAUCACAGCCAUCAUAAUCAUAACAACAGCUACAGUUUACAUUCUACGGCGACAACCGGUGGCAAUAAGAAACCAAAACCAUUACGCAGUUUGCGUACCAAAAUUAAACGUAAGGCGCCUUGGAUGAGUGUUUUACAUGCCACAAAUUGAUUGACAGAUAAAGUAUUUCCAUCCAAAACUAUGUCCUCCUAUACACUCGCUCGCCCUAAGCUAUUCAAACGCCCUCACCUUUUACUUUUCCAGCAAUAAUUCUCGCCUUCAACAAUAUCACUACCACAAUCAUCCAAAAGCGCCAUACAUACGCAAUCAAUUAUCAAUGAACUUAACUUUUCUGCCACAAAUCCUCCUCCCAAAUGAAAUUUUCCUUGUAUAGGCGCGAACAUCAAUUUUUACUCCCAAAGAGGAUACAUUACGUUAACAUGUUUAAAGACAUUAUCAACAUAAUAUAUGUUACGCAUAUACAUAUAGGCUAUAGAGAAAGAAAGACCGAUGUGAAAAAACUAUAGAUUGGGGAAAAGAGGGAGAAAGAGAAAGAUGUCUAUAUAUAUGUUAUAUCCUAGUGACUUAAGAAAUUUAGUGGAAAUUUGUUAUUAAUUAUCUUAAAUUUAAUUAAUAAGUGUUUACAUUUUUUUUUUUUUUAAUAUAUAUAUAUAUUUUUUUCUUUUUUUUUUUCCUUUUGCUAAUACAUACACCCGCAUGUAUAAACAUACAUGUGUGUUUAUGUAUAACAAAUUUAAAUCCAACAUAAAAUUGCAUAUAGAAUAUUUAAUAUAUAAAGAAAAUAAUAAAAAAUUUAAAUAUUACAAGAAGUAGACUUUAAGAAGAAGACACGUAAUGCGCAUAAAACCAAAAACAUAUAACCUGCAUACAUAUGUACAAGAUACGUAUAUAUAUAUACAUAAAUAUGUACGUACAUACAUACGUAUAUACGUGCGUAUAGUAUGAUCUAGUAGCACACAAACACAAUAUACAUAAACACACAUAUACUUAUUAACUUAACGCCUUAUUGAUGUCUACAGUUAAGUGACUAUAAUGAAAAACAACCAUUAAAAUAAAUAAAAAUUAACAAAUGUGCUCAGCGUCCUUAAACAACAACAACAACAACAAC